UACUGUACAACGUAUUAGGCAGGAUACCAUUAGGCACUCUAGUGAGUGCGGUUCGAAGAAAGUGGAGAACUGAGAAAGAAAGAGGGAGCGAUUGGGAUGCUACAAUAACAGACAGAUAUACAACGAGAGGACACGACACAGCGUGUUUGUUGGGCUACACGGAGAGAGAAGAGAGGAGAAAAUAGCCGAACGGAGAGAGAAGAGAACGAGUGGCGGUCUGGGUUUGGCAACCGGCUUGUUCUUAGUUCCCUCGAGCCAGCUGCAGCAGGCAGCACCGUGCAAAAUGCGCUAUUUACGGUUCUUCAUUCCUGCGUUCGGUUCGACAAUGGACUCGUUCUGCAACUGAGCCUGCCAACCUUGCAGCACACCGCGGACGGUAACCUACCCAUUUGAGGGAACGCUUACUGCAACAUGCAGUAAAAACAACACACUGAGAUGUUUUUUCACAAGAUACAGUGAAGGGGGAUCCCCACCGCCGUUAUUCUCUUUCUACAUACCGGUUUUGGAUUAGAAAUCCGGGAAAAUAAGAAGUUCGGUCGGGAUGGGGAAGGAGCAAGAACUACUAGAAGCGGCCCGGACCGGGAAUGUGGUCCUGGUGGAGAAAUUACUGAGUGGGAAAAGGGGAAUCCUGGGGACAGCCUCGGGCUCCAUACCUCUGCCAAACCUACUGAGCAUGUGGAGAGGCUUGAAUGUGAACUGUGCAGACAGUUCAGGGUACACACCCCUCCACCACGCAUCACUGAACGGACACAGGGACGUGGUGUUGAAAUUGCUCCAGUUUGAAGCCUCCACCAAUGUGGCUGACAGUAAGGGCUGCAUCCCCUUGCACCUGGCCGCCUGGCGUGGAGACGUAGACAUUGUCCGUAUCCUCGUCCACCACGGGCCCUCACACUGCCGCGUCAACCAGCAGAACCAUGAGAGGGAGACGGCGCUGCACUGUGCGGCCCAGUACGGCCACUCUGAGGUGGUGUCUAUUCUACUGCAGGAGCUGACAGACCCCACCAUGAGGAACAGCCGCGACGAGACGCCCCUGGACCUGGCUGCACUCUACGGACGACUUCAGGUGAGGAUGGACCUGAGCAAUGUUUCUUCCUUCUACAGAGUUUUCCCAAACUGA